AUGAGGUAAUCUUAAGCCAAUCCUAAGACACCUAAACUUAAUACAGAAAAAGAGGGAAGGAACAUAAAUAAAUAAGACUCUGAUGCUUAAAGGCUUUCAGAAAAGUAAACUCUUGAAGUCAGCGAUUUAAAAUUGAUUGAAAUAGAUCAGCUUUGGGUAAUUACAAACAAUAGCUCAAUACCUAAGGCUUAAAUAAUGUUUUUGUGUGACUUUCUAGAAAUUAAUUCAGAUAAAAUAAUGGAAAUGUAUCAUGCAGGAUAAUAUAGAGUACAUCAGUUCUAAACUCACGAUUUCUACAAUUACUUUUACUCCAAUAGUGAAUAAAAAAAAUUAGCAAUAGAAACUUUAAAGCAACUUUCAAAUGAAGGGUCAUAUACUGCAAGCUUACUCAUGAAGGCCUUAUAAAAAGAUAGAAAUUAAGAAAUUAAAUUCACUGAAAAGGAUGAUGAUAUCAUUUCAUCUUUAAUGCACAAUUUAUGUUUGGUUGUUUAGGGAAAUUUAGUAGAUGCGUUUUAUGCUUCUCUAAAAAAUAUAAUGAAUUUUGGGUUUAAUCAUUGCCCUCAUAAUUUACCUAUGAUACCAAAGAUAGGAGGGAUGUAAAUAUUAAUAGGCUUGUUUGACUGCUUUGGUUAAUCUCAUGGAGAUUUUAUGGAAGAUUUAUUGAGAAAGGAUUUAUAUUUCGGAGGAGAAAACCUUAUUAAUUUUGUUCACUAUUAUUAUGAUCCUGAUAGGAAGUAUAUGAUAAACGUUAAAAGCGACAUGCAAAGCGAUAUAAAUAAAUAGAGAUAAGAAGAUAGAGAAAAUAAAGAUUAAUUGACCAAUAUCCUAAAUAAAAUUAUUGAGAGACUAAAGAAUAUGAAAGUAAGUGGUAUUCGCCACAGUAUUUUUUUAUAUAAUGAGAUGGUUAAAUUCUAUUAAAAAAUUCACAACAAGUAGACUCUAAUUGAUGAAAGUGAUAAUGAUUUAGUCUUUGCUUCUGAAAUUACAGUUAAGGAGAAAGAUUAGCUUUAUCAUUUAACCCCUUUAGAUAUUAGAAAGAACUAGGAAUGGUUAGCAAUAAAAAGUUGUAUUAUUAACAAUGAAAUUUUAACAAAAAAACAAGAAUAGAACUGGAUAAAUUUUGCUUUCAAAGAGCUUUAUUAUGAUUCAAUAUAGAUGUUAGGAGAAAAAAGUAUUAUCAUAGAUCAAAACACUGUUUUAGGGCUCAGAUGCUAUAAUUUAUUGCUGCUGUUAGGCGAGAAAAAAUCUAUUCAAAUACUUUAUAGUCUUUUAUGCUAUAAUGGAUUGUACAAAGAUAUUUUGAAUUUGCUGCAACCAAGUUUAUAAGAGAAACAUAAAAAGCCCUAUUUAGCUGUCAUGGUAAUUUAGUGCUAGAUAAGACACUCCAAGGUGAAGGAGAGUCUAGAAGAAUUAAAAGAAAUAGCUAAAAGUAGAAUAGAAGCAUAUGAUUUGUAUCUUUUAUCUAAAUGUGUCUUUACAUAAGAAGAAAAAGAUUAUUUUGGUGCCCUUUGUGUAUUCACUAUAAUCUCAAAUAUUUCACAAAGUUAAUUUAAGCUUUUUGAUAAUCUUAUUUUAGCUAAAUUAUUGUUUAGAGGAGGUGUUUUUCUUCAAAAGAAUGUUUUAUAGUCAUAUUCUCUCUUAAAAGUCCUUUUAAAGCACGGAUACUAUGAGUUAAUGAGAGACUAUUUAUGCAAGCUUUUUAUAAAAAAAAAUUUAGAUAAAGUAUCAGAAUAGGUAACAAAGGAAUAAAAAAGGGUAGCAAAAGCAUUGGUAAAGAAUUCAUUGCCUCCUUAAUUCACUAAAAAAGCUGAAGUUUACACACUACAAGAAAGUUAAGGAAAUAUUAUUAAGAUUAAAAAGAGAAAGAAAAAUUAGCAUGAAACAGAGUAAACAGAUUAAAAUUUAUUUUCAAAGUAGUUGUAUCAGCAAUUACUUCAGCUUUAAACGAGAGAUGUUAAAACUAGCAUUUUAGCAAAAAUUUAUUUAUUUAAAGAGAAAUCUCAAAUGUAAUACAUAACAUCUACUCUUAAGCAACACUACGAAGAUUUAGUUCAUAUAGGAUACAACAUCCUUUUUCCACCAGGAAAAAAUUACUCUAUAGGAAACUGUAUUAGUAAUUAUGAUUUUUUUAAAAGGAAGAAUUUGCUAAAAAUGUCCAUUUAAUCAGCCGCUAGUACUCCAUUAGAUGUGCAGUCUUUGAGACUCUUGAUUGUUAAAAAUUAAAAUAUCCUUAAAGCUACAUAAAUAUUCUCUUUGGAAAAAAUUAACUACAAUAUCCUAAAGUAUUUUUAUAUGAAAAAAACAGAAGAAAUACAAAGAGAAAAGUAGCUUCAAGAUCAAGAAAGAGCUAAUCGCUAAGGUUAAAUCGAAUUAGAAGCUAUGCAGGGAUAAAAUGAUUUGUAGAGAUAAUAUUAUAUUCGUGUUUAGAAAUAACUAGAACAGAUUGAAGAAAAAUCGGAACAUUCCUUGCAGUACACUAAAAACAAAUUAUCAAUGCAAUCUGUUGGUGAAGUUAAAGUAACUUCUCACUCCAAUCAGAGAUAUCCUACAUAAUCUGAAAAUUAGUUAGAAUCUGUAAAUGACUUUUAAAUGAAUUCUCAUUCUAAGUCUAUAGUGUAGAGCAGUAGUAGAUUUGAUAAGAAAUAAGAGCAAUCAUCAUAAUAUAUUUCUAUUUAGGAAAAUGAUCAUUAUUUAAAAGAAGGCUCUUAGAGUUAGAUUUAGACAUAAUAAAACUUACAAAGUGAUUAAACAAAUAAUUAAAAUAAUUUGAGCAAAUAGGAAGAUGCUAAUAAUAUAUCUUACCCAAAAGAUUCAAAAGAAAUUUUGCCAAAUAAAAAAGAAGAGAAUAUACUUUAAUAAUAUUUUUACAUGAAAUUAGAUAAAUAAUAUAAUAUAUCUUUGAAAGGUAAGUUUAUGCAAGAUGAAAUUCUUGUAUUCACAAAUGAAGAUUUGGUUUUUACAGGUGAAAACAAAGAUUCGAUUGAUAACACCAAUGAAGGUUCGAGAUAAUAAAAUGGAAACUCAUUUUUUAAUGGUUAAAAUGGAUAUGGCUACUUUAAAUUUAAUACUAGCUAAAAAUUUUAAAUUACAAAAAUUCCUAACGUUGAAAAAAUAUUUAGUGAUGAUUUCUAUCCUCUUAUUAAGAGAAGCAGCUCAUUUUGUUUAAAAUACUAUGGUUUUUAUAUGAAUGAAUAGGUUUGGUAUGUACUUUCAGAGACAUAUGAUGAAAAACUUACUUUGAAUUCUGAUUUAACAUUUAUAGAGAUAUAUCAGCUAUACCAGAUAGCACUAGCAUUGCAUUUGAAUGAAUAAUUUGGGUUGAUCAACUAUUGGGGAACUAAUAUACUUUAUAGGAAAGGAGGAAAAAUUUAUCUACCUAAUAUUAUUACACUGAUUUAAUUGUAUCACUAUGAUUUUUCAAUUUCAAAUGUUGUAUCAUUAGAUAUAACUGAGAUAAAUGAACAAAUCAUUUAAAAAUAAAAACAUCAUUAAAAUUCUAAUUAAACUAUAAAUCGUAACGAAUAUGCGCCAGAAGUAUUUGUAGGAAACAUGGAAAUGCAAAGAGCUAAAUGUGAUAUCUGGGCUUUAGGCUCAAUCCUAUUCCAUACAAUAUUUAAGAAACCUCUUAUAAACCUAGUUAAUAAUAGUGAUUAUAUUUAAGAAUUGGCAAAAUUAAAAAAUCCUUACUAUCUUUCUACAAUCCUAAAUAAAGAGAAAGAAGAAUAUUUACAAAAGAGUAAUUAGAGUUCUUAUCAAAAUUUAGAAAACAGCGAAGCAUCAAUUACUAAAAUAAAAAUACCUCCAGAUAUUUUAGAUAUUUACUUGAAAAUUAUUUAAAUGAGCAUAGUCUAUGAUUCUGAAAUAAGAAGCUCUAGUGAAGAAAUUGCAAGCUUUUUACUUCAACAGUUGAAAUUAAAUACAAAAAUUGCAGCAGGUAUAGAUAAUUAUGAGAAGCUUUUGGAAUAUUCUGAUAAUCUGGUUUUAGAUAUCUCUUCAGAAAUAGAAAAAUGUCAAAGAGAAGGAACUAAUGAAAGUAUUUUUAUAACAGGAAGUAAUACAUUUGUUUGGGUGAAUUAUAAAGAUUGUAUUGUCUAUUAUAGAGAUAGCUAUAAGAAUAGCUACAUACUUCACAAUCCGGAGCUUAAUAUAACUCAUUUUAGUUUAAAAGACGUGAUUAAAGGUGAAGGUAUAUUAAUAAACCCAAGUAAUGAUAUAAUACUAGGAUACUUCUCUUCCAAUUGUGUUCCAUAAAAUAUUGAAGUUAUUGAUACUAUUUCUGGAAACCCCUACUCAUAAAUUUCAUAUGAUGAGAGAGGAGCUCCUAUAAAUAGCUCAAUAGAAAGUUUAUUAGAAAAAGAUGUGAUAACACAGAUAAAGAAUGUGAAGCAACAAUAGUAAGAAUAAAUGGAAGGAGCAUUUUUAAAGAGGAUUGAGGAAUCAAAAAGUCUCAACUAUUUAGCUCUCAUUUAAUAAUUUUUAACUUACUGGAAAAGCUAAAAGAAAAUGUAUGAAGAUUUGUUUGGAAAUAAAGUUACAGGGUUCUUUGAUAAUGAUUAAGGAACUAUUUGUGCAGCUGAUAAUAUCCCCAUAGUAAUAUAAAAUUCAAAACAAAAGACUAUUUAUAUUCUCAAUGACACUUGUGUUGUUUUAGAUCAUUCUGUUUUUUCAAUUCAAUUUUUUCAUCCUCUAGAGCUAUUUAAUUCUUAAGACAAAACAAUAGGAAAUUAUUUAAACGAAAUAUUUUGUAAAGAUUAACCAUACAAUACAACUUUUAUGUUGUCAGGCCUUUGUUUUGUGGGAAAUUUUAGGUGUAGUCGCUUCGAAGAUGGUUUCCUUAUUUUUAAGAAAACUAACUCCCUUACAAUAAAAUAUCACCCUGAUCCAACAGUCCCAUACUUUACAAAGAUAAAUUAUAAUAGUUAACAUUUUUAUGAAGGCUACAUACAUCAAGGAAUGUAUAACGGGAUAGGUGAAUAUUCAAAUAAAAAGUAAGUUCUAUAUCGAGGAAACUUUGAAAAUAAUUUCCUUACACAUGGUUAGAUAUUUUUUGAUGGUCAUCCUACCUAUCUUUCUUAUGAAGGAGAAGUUAUUUACGAUUUAGAAACAUAAACAUAUGUAAUGCACGGAUAGGGUAGAUGCAUCUUAAAAAAUAAAUCAGUGUUUGAAGGGUAGUUUGAUAGAAAUGAAUUUAAUGGAAAAGGUAAAUUGACAUACAACAAAAAUAAGGGUGUUUAUGAAGGAUUCUUCAGAAAUGGUAUAAGAGAGGGACCAGGUGUCUUUAAAAGCAAAAAAAUAUAAUUUUAGGGUGAAUAUAGAAAAGGUUUAAAAUAUAACUAUGGUAAGCAAGUAAGAAAAAAUGGUAAAGAAAUAUAUGAAGGAGAAUUCAGAAAUGAUAAAAGAAAUGGGGUUGGUGUUCUAAGAUAUCCAUUUUCAUCAGAUAUAAUUUUUUAUUAAGGUGAAUUUUUUGAUGAUAAAAAACAUGGCCAUGGUAUUGAAAUAACUAGAAGCAAGCAAAAAUUCCUUGUAAAAUACUAUAAAGAUUAGCGUAUUAGAAGAAAAUAAGUUAGAUUAGAUACUGAAGAGUGUCUUUUUCACUUUUAAAAUGAAGAACAAUAAAAAUAAAUAGACAAAGAAUAUAUAAAAUCUCUAGAGAUGUAGGGUAGUAAAGAUUAAAAUCAAGACUACCCUAUUUAGUACUAUACAGAAGUAAAUGAUUAAGUUGGUAUAUAGGAGUAAGAAUAGGAUUUUGUUGAAUAAAUAGAGAAAGUUAAUGCCAUUUCUCCUAUAGCUAGAAUACAAAAUGAUACUCCAGAACAUAUAGCAACAUUUGAGCUGGAAUAGAAACCUCAAAAUCCAACAUAAAAUCCACAAAAAAUAUAUUCUAUUUUUUGA